UAUUAAAAUGAAAAAAAAUUUCUAGACGCAUGUAAUAAUUUUUUAUUUAAAAUAUUAAAGAAAAUAAAAAUCACAGAAUAAAAACCUUGUGAUUGAUAUCGUGAUACGUCUGACGAGAACGAUCUUAAAAAUAAAUAAUAAUAUUAAUAAUAAGUUUAUUAGAAUGGCAACACAACAAAGUGCCUUGGAGAUGCCUUGAUAGUCAAUCAGCUAAUUGUCGGUAUAUCAACUUUCAUUGGACGCAAUUGUAGGAACAUAUGAUGAACUAAACGCGCUACGGUUAUAUAGACAACUUACUAGUUUAAACGGGAUGCGGCCCAGUUCGAAUUGACUACCUCAGAUUCUUGGUCACCUGCGCACCUCAUUCAAUAUAUAAUUUAUACAUAUAUAUAUUUAUUUAGCUAUGAAUUAGAAGUCUCUGCCAAAAAUUACGCGUCUAAAGAAAUGAUAUUUAAACUGCGAAUAAAAUUAAAAAGUUCAAUUACGUACGUCUACUUUAAGAAACAUCAAUCAAACUUUUUUUUUAAAUUCAUCGUAUCAAAUGGCAAAGCGUCAACUAUUUGUAGACAUUAGUGCCGCAUUCUCUUAAUUCUUUCGUAGUUAGUACUAAGUGAUGAUGACCCGAGACAAUGUCUAGAAUUUUUUUUCCUUGAUGAUAAAAAAAAAAAAAUUUUGCAUUUUAACUUGCAUUCAAUUUUUUUAAAUUAAUGACUGAGUACUCAUUAACAAUUAAAACUUUGAACAUUCGUAUAAUCGGAUAUGCGCGGGGAUAAGUGGGGCUCGUUGGUUGUGGAUUAUCGAUAGGAAAGGUCACAGACGAAGUUCAUCUUUGUUGUAAGAAUUACAGCGUGUGGAUUUUUUUUUUUUUUUUUUUUAAUGCGAAAAGUUAACAUAUGUGUCGUUGAUGAUCUUCAGAUAGAGACCAUAAAUUAUUAUUUAGGAACCAAAAUUAAAUUUUAAAUAAUUGUUUAGUGUUUGAGAAUUAGAUUAUUUAUUUCUUGAUAGUUUUUUUAAUUAUAUUUUAUAUUUCUGCAUAAUUCAGUCAUUUAAUCAGCAUUAUUUCAAGUGUAUUUAUUAAUGAAAGUUUAGAAUUUUUGAUUAAUAAAUUUAAUUAAUGACAAUGAUAAAAAAUUAAUGGUGGACAAAAAAAAAUUUGUGUUGCGGUAAUUAAUAAUAUUAAAAAAGUUUUCGACUAAUUUACUAUCAUGGUCGUAACAAAAACAUUUGGAGGGAUGAAUACAAGCAUCCGUAGUAAGAAUACCUUUCGAGGUAUUCCAAAAGCGGAAUUAGAACGUAAAACUAAUGCGAUUCUUCGUGCAAUGACGAUCGAAGAACUUUAUACGGCUCUUGUUUAUAUGACGCAACACCAAAUCGGUUAUGAUGUUACAAAUGAAUGUGGACGGGAAGCUUUGCUUAACCAUCUGCAGCAAGCUUUCAAGGUUGACAAUGAGUUACAUUCGCAAGUUAUAGAGGAAACUCAAAACAUGGAGGCACCGGUAAUGCAUCUAAAUGUUGAAGUAAUCGAAGCUAAAGAGCUUAUUUCAAAAGAUUCAAAUGGCAAAAGUGAUCCAUUUUGUGCACUUUAUCUUGAAUCAGCACCAACUCGAAGAUACAACACGGCUGUUAAGACAACAACAUUGACUCCAGUUUGGGAGGAACAUUUUGAAUUACCUCUAGAAGAUGCCGAAAAUGAUACUCUGUGUCUUGAAGUUUGGGAUUUUGAUGCAGCUGAAACGGUACCGGAAAAAAUGAGCAAAGUAAAAGAUGUUAAAGGUGUACGUGGAUUAGUAAAACUAGCUAAAGAAAUUGCAGUUACUGCGACGACUGGUAGUCAUGAUAAUGAAUUUAUUGGUCGAUGUAAAAUACCAUUGAAAGACAUUCCGGUAACUGGACACACAACAUGGUAUUCACUUGAAAAAAAAAAUAAAUCUAAACGACGUGGUGUCGUUAAACUCAGACUGGCAUUCAGUGCAGAACAUAAUACUCAAGUUGCAGCACAAGAGCAUCGGCAUCUAGUUAGAAUUUUACUUCUUCAUGAAUUGGAAACAGAAAAAGUUGAAAAAUAUUGUUGGUGUGGUCGUUGGUCUGCUCCAUCUGAAGCUUUGAUUCUUCAACAUAGUGCGCAACGUGGAUUGUUAGCAAGAAAUGUUUCAUUGGCGCAAUGGGUUGAAUACUCACGUAUUCAUCAACAACAUCCGCUUCAUUUUUCUGUUUUUAAUAAAGUCGCUGUCGAAUUACUCAGACCGUUGGAAAAUUGUUUGUUUUCAAAAGACGAAGAAAAAUUAUUCUGGGAUGCUACAAGAAAAAUUAUUUAUUCGUGUUUAAAUAGCAUUAGAAAAAUAAGAAGACUUUCUCCUGGUGAUAAAAAUGUUAUGACACAAAUGGGCGCUAUUUUAGGAAUCCUAUCAUCUAUUUCUUCACUUCGAAUUCCUGAGGAUUUUGAAUUAUUUCCUACAAAAAUGUUUGGCUGGUUUCCUGAGCCAGAUGAUACAAAAGUUGACGUGAUGAAGGCAUUAGAGUAUUCAGUAAUUCAAGGCGGAGCUGAAUGGUUUGAUCAUAUAUUGAAUAAUAAUACUCCAGAAAGUGAUAGUGACGAUGAUGCACUUAAGUAUCAAAUAAAAGUAAUCCAAUUAAUUAGAGCAGAUCUUCAGCGGGCAAUGGAAAUUUAUGACCGUAUGUUUAUCAAAAAAAUUAAUUUUCCCUACGCACGUACACUUUACAUCAUGUAUGAAAAACGAAUAAGUGAUAUGUGUAUGGUAAUUAUUGAAGACGUGUGUCUUCGAUUAAAACGAAUUGAAGUUGACAGUCACGAUGAAGCAGAACUUACAUUAGGGACAACAUUAUUUGAGCUGUAUCUCACUCUACAACGAUACGCUGUUUUAAGUAACAUGUUUUGUCUUGACGGAAUUGAUCAAAUGAAAAUUCAAAGCUACCACGAAUGGUUUAGAGCUGGAGUUUCGCAUUGGUUAGAUAUAUCUGUGUACAAAGCAUUAAGAAGAAUUGAAAGAGCUGUUGAGUUUGAUACACUUCAACCAGUUGACUCCAGUGUGCAGUACAGUUCAAGUGCCGUUGAUACUUUAACGAUAUUCUACCAAAUAAAAGUCUUCUGGACUCAAUUAGCUUGGCCAGACAUCGAAGGCUCCUACACCUUUAUUGCUAAGAUAAUAGAUGAUAUCUGUAAGUGUACGAUUUCAUAUGCUGAUAUGAUGGCGUCAAAAGCUGAAAAAGUUGAUCUACAAAUUCAGAAUUCAGAAAACAAUAGCAGUGUUUAUGACAACAAAUUUGAAGUAUCAAAUGCUUGGUGCUUUGCUAUCAAUAACAUUGACUACAUUAGAACUUCAAUCGAACCCUUGACUCAUGAUUUAGGUCUCCAAGACAUCAUUGAUAGUCUAAGUGAAAGCAAAACUCAACAGGAAGCUGACCGUUGUCGACAAACUCUGCAACUUCUCAUCAACAAUACUACGGACACUGUAAAAAAUAAAAUUAUCGAAUUACUUGAAGUUGUAGCAAGUAAAAUGCAGCCUGCUAUGAGUAGAUAUUUGAUGGAAGGCGCUGAGUUAAUAGACACUACGAGCAAUGCAAUGGAUCGCUUGCUACAGUAUUUAGAUUCAAAUAUCACGACAUUGCAUGAUAAUCUUAAUGAAGAUAAUUUUGAACGUGUUCUUUUGGUUAUCUGGGAAAUAAUGUCAGAAACUUUGUAUAGACUCGUGCAUUCAAAUUUGGAAAAACGUAGACCUCCAUCAUUUUAUUCAAAUCUUAAUCGUACUUUACAUACAUUAAUAAGAUUUUUCAAUUUGGGUGCUGAUGAGACUGCAAAUGUACAAAUUUUGGAAAAAAUAGAACGGCUUCUUAGUCUUCAUGGACUUGAAACAGCGGAAUUGAUUCAUCGGUAUCAUUUGGAACGGGCACAAGAACAAAAAAAUAUUAAGGAAGCUUCCCUUGGAAUGCUCACCGUUCGUGCCCAAUUCAUCAGCAAUUCAUUGAAUGUACAAAUUCUAAAUGCCCGAAAUCUCCGCCCUAUGGAUAGUAAUGGAGAUUUAAUAGGCAAGCUGUCUACUCUUGAGCGCAAACUACAUUCAAAGAGUAAACAACCGACUAAAAGACUGAAAGAGAUGAAGACAAGAAAAUGUGAUUCCUACGUAAAAAUAAGACUAUUGCCGGAGGAAAAAUUCUGUGACGUAAAAUUGCCGAAAACUCAUGUGCAGAAAGAAACACUUUUUCCUCUUUUUGAUGAGACUGUUAACAUUUCUUUGACUCCAGAACAAAGGAAUAUUGAGGAUGCAAUUGUAGUUUUUGAUGUUAAAGAUAAAGAUUUUCUACGAACUAGAUUUAUGGCAGAAGCAUUUUUGCAGUUUAGUGAUAUUCCUGAUACCGGUCAUGAUGUUGGAAUCGAUUCUCUGGAUCAAAUUCAUUUAAAAUUAUCACGACCAGUGGAUAAAACAACUGAUGUAAUUCGUGCCUUAGAACAUCGAAAAGGAGAUAAUCAAGCGAUGGAUUUCAUUGCUAAAUUCAAUGCGAAGUUAAAUUCAAGAUAAUUUUAUCGAUAUUUUUACGAAACAAUAAAAAAAACGUAACAAAAUACUUUAAAUAUUUGAAUAUUUUUUGUAAAUAACAUUUGUUGUAUAAGUUAAAUAUUAUUAUUAUUAUUAUUGCAAUAUUACAAAUAUAUAUUGUAUGCAAAUUUAUUUAUAGUUGAAUAUAUAUUAUAUUGUUUUUAAUAA